AUGACCGAGGAAUCAAAAGAAUACAACCGCAGGUUACAGAAAGUGGAAGAAUGCAGGUACACAAAGGAUGUAGGAGGGAAAAGAGCCAAGACGGACUACCCUCCACAGGACGAGGAUGCUCGUAGCGAUGUCACCGAGGGCGCAGAUGAUGAUGAGCAGAUGUAUGAGGGAGAGUACCAAGGCAUCCCCCACCCUGACGAGAUCAAGGAGGCGCGGCGGGCAGCUCGGUUGGAGGCCAGGAGGAAAGCCCGUCAGGCUGCCCAGCAGGAAGAGGAGGAAGAAAACCUGCCAGAGCAGUACGAGGCCAUCAUGGAGGACUGCGGCCAUGGACGCUUCCAGUGGAUGCUGUUCUUCGUGCUGGGCCUUGCACUAAUGGCUGACGGAGUGGACGGCUUCGUGGUGGGCUUCGUUCUGCCCAGUGCUGAGAAGGACAUGUGCAUAUCCAACUCUGACAAAGGACUGCUCGGUCUGCUAGUGUAUGUGUCCAUGAUGGUGGGGGCGUUGGUGUGGGGGGGUCUGUGUGAUAAGAUGGGGAGGAGGAAGUGUCUGAUCUACGUCCUGACCAUCGACCUGGUCUUCUCCUUCCUGUCCUGCUUCGCUCAGGGCUACGGCUUCUUCCUCUUCUUCAGGUUCUGCUCCGGCUUUGGAAUUGGCGGCUCCAUCCCGAUAGUGUACACUUACUUCACAGAGUUCCUUCAGAUGGAUAAACGUGGAGAACAUCUUAGCUGGCUCUGCAUGUUCUGGAUGCUGGGAGGCCUGUACGCCUCCUUCACCGCCUGGGGAAUCAUCCCUCACUAUGGCUGGGGCUUCGCCAUUGGUACAGAGUUCCAGAUCCACAGUUGGAGAAUAUUCAUUCUGGUGUGUCUCUUCCCUGCACUGGCUGCACUUGUCGGAGUCAUCUUCAUGCCGGAGAGCCCUCGUUUCCUCCUGGAGAGUGCCCGGCAUGAUGAGGCGUGGAUGGUCCUGCGACGAGUUCACGACACCAACUGGAAGGCCAAGGGGGAGCCAGAGAGAGUCUUCACUGCGACCAACAUUAAGACACCACAAACUCAGGAGGACGAGUUCAUAGAGAUCCAGAGUGACACGGGAACUGCCUUCCAGCGCUGGACCGUCAGACACAUGACCAUGCUGCAACAGGUGAUGGCAAACAUCAUGUCACUAUCGGCCCCAGAGCUCAGACUGCAAGGCCUCUUCCUGGUUAUUGUCUGGUUCUGCUUGGCCUUCAGCUACCACGGGCUGGGAGUGUGGUUUCCUGAUAUGAUCAAAUACAUGCAGUAUGAGGAGUACGAGUCCAAAGUUAAAGUGUUCCACCGGGAACGGGUCGAACAUUUCCACUUCAACUUCUCUCUGGUCAACCAGAUCCACCGCGAGGGAGAGUACAUCCAUGACAAGUUUGCAAACAUUGAGAUUAAGUCUGUGAAGUUUGAGGAUUCUCUGUUUGAAAACUGCUACUUUGAGGAUGUCAGGUCAACCAGCACCUUCUUUGAGAAUUGCACCAUCAAAAACACUGUCUUCUAUAACACAGACUUCUGGCAGGAAAAGUUCAAAGACUGUCAGAUGGAGAACACCACUUUCCUCCACCCAAAAAAAGGCUGCCAUCUGAACUUCGAGGUGGAGAACGACAUCGUCAUCUACAUGGUCAGCUUCCUGGGCAGUUUGGCUGUGUUGCCUGGCAACAUCAUCUCAGCAUUGUUCAUGGACAAGAUAGGACGAAUCAGAAUAAUAGGUGGUUCUAUGUUGGUGUCGUCUGCCUGUACUUUCCUGUUGCUGCUAAGUUUCAGUCAAGGAGCUGUAAUAUGUUGGCAGUGUCUCUUCUAUGGCACCAGCGUGGCGGCCUGGAAUGGAUUACAGGUCAUUUCUGUGGAACUCUACCCCUCCUCUAAAAGAGGGACAGCGUUCGGUAUCCUGAAUGGGAUCUGUAAGUUUGCUGCCAUCCUUGCCUGCUCCAUAUUUGCAGCCUUUAUUGGCAUCACUAAGAUCAUCCCCAUCUUCCUGGCCUUCGCCGCCCUCGUCUGCGGAGGUCUGGUAGCUCUGAAGCUGCCUGAAACCCGGGAGAAAAUCCUCACUUGAAAAGCCAAACUCCUGCAGCCUCCAGGCCUCAACCACUGUAUAUCUAUGGGGAAAAGCUUUUUGGAAGUGUAUCAGCUUAAACUGAAUUGGAAAGACAAGUAAGAAAGACCAGCUAGCUGUGUUAUUAUGAGUUAUGAUUAAACAUUUUGAAAUCCUGUCUGGUUGCCUAUGUAAACCUGGGGUUGCUUUUUUAUUCCCUGUGUAAGCUCCUCAGACUGCCCAGCAUUUCUGUGACAUCAUAUAAAAGUUGUGUUUGUCAUUUCCUUUGUAUCAUUUACUGCUCAUCCUUUACUCUCUCACACAUACAGACACACACAGACACACAGACACACACACACACACACACACACACACAGUGUAGAAACAUUUGUUUUGUUUGAGGUUUGUGUAAAAGAAAAAAAUUACAUGAGAUGAAAAUAUGUCUGUACGUGAAAGGUGAUGUAGUUCAUGUUACCAUGUUGUGCUUUGAUUUCAUUCCCUGUUGGAAAAAAAGGAAAGAGAGAGGACUUAUAGCCGUUGACUAUUAUCAACUUGAAUUGGAUUUGAAUGCUGUUGUAUUCCACCGUGGCUGGGCAUCAAUAUUACUGCUGGUGUUGUUAUUUAGAGAAAACACAUCUUUUGUUCCCCCAAUCUUAAUUUAUCCUGCACUGUAUAUAGUAUUCUUUAGUUCCCAUGUUGUUGCUUCGUUUGAUCUCUCUAGACAUAAACCUGGAUUGACCAUUUUCUUAAAUGUAGGAUUGUUUAUUUUUAUUUAUUUUUUAAUCCUCUACUGUUCAUUUCUCCCAGCUGAUUCAAAUCCAACCUAAACAGCCGACUGGAUUCGCCUCCUGUUUGCCGUCUUGUCCUCGACUGGGACGUUGUGUCUGUUAUGUGUUCUGUAGCUGGUGAUAACGUAGAAUCAGAGUCUAAUAAGUCACAUCUUGCCAUGACAUUGUGUAAGGAAUUGUUCUGUUUGUUUAAUUAAUUCAUUUUUUUUUCUAAAUAAGAGAAUGAUACAAAACUGUGAGAUUAGAUGUUUUGAUAUGAUGCUCUCAUUUUGAUGUUCUGAUGAAGAACAGUUUUACAAAACCUGCUGCAUUUCUGACAUGUGUCAAGAUUUCUAAGGAGCAUGUUAGUUUUUUCUGCAUGACUGAGCUGUGUGUGUGUGUGUGUGUGUGUGUGUGCGUGUGCGUGCAUGCAUGCGCGUGCGCUCCCGUGUGGUUGUUAUCCACAUGUCUGUGAAUUUACACAAUAGUCUGACUACCAAUACUAUAUUUGUUGUUGUACAUACUGUAGACCUGUGUAUAUUAGCUGUAAAAUAGUAGCUCCAUCAUGACUUGAAUAAAGCUGAGGGCUUAUGA